UCCUACUCUAUGACCAUGACUUAUUGUCUAUGGUUUGUGGGGUGUGCGUGUAUUUUUGUGUAGAUUUAAUAAUUUACAAAAUAGACGUAGAUGCUAGGUUAAAUUAGUGUUUGGAAAUAUGGCAGACGAUUUAAGGAAUUAUACUUUACAAUUGCAGCAGGUUGAAGCAGCACUCCUCACUGACCCCCAAAAUGAAGAACUCCUAAAGCUGAAAGCUGAUCUAGAGGAAGUAAUUGAAUUAACACAAGAUCUCAUUAAAACUCCAGAAGGUGAAUCCGAAGUGGCUGAUAUUCAUGGUUCUAGUAAUGAUGAUGAUGUUACAGCGACGCUGCUGGCUGCCGAGGCGGGCAGCUCCUCGGACCAGGCUUCCUCCAGGUGGCACCCGGGAGACAAGUGUCUGGCUAAAUGGAAAGCAGAUGCAGUAUUUCAUGAAGCUGUUAUUGAAGAGGUUGGUGACAAACAGUUGAAAGUAAAAUUUGAAGGCUACUCUACUCUAGAAACAGUAUCAGUGAAUGAUGUUAAGAAGAUUAGUUCUGGAAGUAAGCGGCCAAUGGAAUCAGAUGAAAGCAAGAAUGGCAAAGUAUUUAAAGGUGACAGAGAAUACUUGAAAAAGAAAAAACAAAAAAAACAGCAGAGAUUCAAGCAGAUUGAAGAAGAAAGAGAAAGUGAAAAGAACAAGUGGCUGAACUUCCACACAAAGUCUAUGAAGAAGCCGGGAGUUAAGGGAAAGAGUAUAUUCGCUUCACCAGACAACCUGACGGGCAGAGUGGGCAUCGGCACUUGUGGCAUUUCAGGGAGACCAAUGACUGAAUUCACUCCAGGAGAAAAAUGGAAAAAAGGAGGAACAUAGUGACAAAUGUAGUUUUAGUAUUAUUUCAUAAGUUAAUAUUAAAAAGCUGACCUUUCUAUACAUUGUAAAGAAAAAAAGCGUUUAUGAACUAGGUAUCUAGGUAUGUACUUGUAAUAAACUUUGUGGUUUUCAAGUA